AAGUGGCAUCUUUCACUGAUGAAGACUCAGCAGACAGCAUUCCUGUUUAUUUUUAUUACUUUAAUAACAAGACUGCACUUGCUGCUUUCAGACUUUGUUGGAAUGCAAAAACAGCAGCCAGAGAGCUGAGAGACAAGCCGAGUCCUGCUGCAGUUUCUGGUGUGGCCUCAGAACUGACAACGCCUGCUGAAGUCGAGGGGCCGCAGCGGUAUAUUGAAUAAAGUCACGUCGUCAGUUCACGAGACAUCAGGGACAUAAACAGUUGUAGCCUGCUGAGAGCUCACUUGAACUUUGGUGAAAGUAAAAGUGUCUUUAGAAGAGAUAAACGGUCAUUUAAACCAUAAAACCUAAAGAUGAGUGACGAUGGCUUGUGUAAGAAGUUUGUGUCAAUGUUCUCCAGGAAAAGAAGAUCAGAUGAAGACAUUGCUGCUCUGUCUGGUUUAACACACAAGUUUUCUAAAGUAAUGCAAACCUUCUCUCAUGAGGAUCUCCUCAAGAUCACUGAGUUCUACAAGCCCUACCUGGCUUAUGUGAUUGACUAUGACAUCACGAGUAUCCUGCAGAACCUGGCCACCAAGAACAUCCUCACUAACGAUGAGGCCAAGAGAUUCAAAGCCAAGGAAAAGUCUGAGGGGCGAGCAGGUGUGGAGUCCUUCAUCAGUGACAUAAUGAAGAUGGACAGUGUGGUACUGGUGAGCCUGUGGGAGGCGCUGGCUGAAGAACUUGUGAGAUUUCCUUCACCGAACAUGACAAGAAUACUGAAGGAGGUGACAGAGGGUGACCUCUUGAUGAACAUUCAGGCCAGUCUCCAGCCCACUCCCAUUGAUGCUCGUAUUAAAGGCCUCCAUGAGACACACAGAGGUGGUGUGUCUGAAUCUACAAGAAAUUUGGAGGAUCAGGAUUCUCCUGGAGAUCCACACACCAGAGCUGUGAGCUUUGAGACUCGAUACACAGAGCUGAUGGUCAUUGGUCAGUACAGGAGAACCUACAGUGAGAGGCACCAUGAACUUGAGAAGAUGGGGAAAACUCAUGCAGAGCUAAUAGAGGAGCGGACAAAAGAGAAAUGUGAAUGAAUCUGGACAGAGCAGCUUUUUAGGAGGAGUCCUGGAAGUGAGAUUUUCCCCAGCAUUAUAGUGGUCAAUGGGGUGGCUGGAAUU